AUGACAAUCUUGCUGGCAUUGCCAACCUGUCCGAGUGUUGCCAUUGCUCGGACGAGGACGAGACGAACCUCGCCAGAGGGAAGUCGAAUACGAGCGUACUUACCUUCUCUGUCAACUAACUGCGCGGCACCGCCAGCACUCCGGACGAGCUGGCCGCCUUUGCCCGGAUGCAUCUCUAUAUUGUGGAUUGACGAUCCGAGUGGGAUCCUCUCAAGUGGUAAGGCGUUUCCGACCCGAAUUUCCGCGUCUGCGCCUGAGGUUAACAUGUCGCCGACCUGA